AUGCCUAUUACCGCGAAAUGCUUGUAUGAAGGGCUUUCUGGCGUAUGGGGAGAAGAAGAAGAAGAAGAAGAAGAAGAUGAUGAUGAUGAUGAUGAAGAUAUUAAUGAUGAGAGGGUUCGUUUCCAUGAGGUUACGGGUGUAAGAUUCUUUUUCGACUUCGGGGGAAAUGUGAGAGUUUAA